AACCUACGCUAAAUCAUCACGAGCAAACAUGGUUGUGUGGACAGAUGAAGAGCGCGCAGCCAUCUCCGACAUAUUCUCCAAGCUAGACUAUGACGACGUUGGCCCAAAGUGCCUGUCACGGUGUCUGAUCGUUUACCCCUGGACCCAGAGGUACUUCGGGGCCUUCGGCAACCUGUACAACGCAGAGGCCAUCAUGAACAACCCUCUGAUCGCUAAGCACGGCACCACGGUGCUGCGCGGUCUGGAAAGAGCUCUGAAGAACAUGGACGACAUAAAGAACACAUACGCCGAGCUGAGCAUUCUGCACUCCGAGAAACUGCGCGUGGAUCCCGACAACUUCAAACUGUUGUCUGACUGUCUGACCAUCGUCAUCGCUGCGAAGAUGGGCACCGCCUUCACCCCGGAGUAUCAGGCAUCCUUCCAGAAGUUCUUGUCGGUGGUGGUGUCCGCUCUGGGCAGGCAGUACCACUAGAGUCAGUCCUCUAUACCUGUCAGAGGAGACAUGUGUUUCACCCCUCAAUGAAAAAUAAAAGAAGCAU